AUGGUCUCCGAGGAUGAGAGCAGCGACGACUUGUCCAGCCUGCAUAUCUCCUCCUCCUCCGUCGAUAUGCAUUAUCAGAUUCCUGCUAGCAUUGAAGACCAAGACUACAAUGGCUUGGAGAAGGCACCAGAGGUGCUCUGCGUGGAGCAUCGGCUGCCAACUGAGUGCAGUGUAGCUUUUGAAUCAUUUGAGACGGGCAGGAGGUUUCUAGUUUGUGCUCAGCCUGAAGAUGAGAAUUGUGGUUUUCUUGGGUGGGUUGACUCAGAGUGGCCUCCCACAAUGCAAAAUGCAUUGUUGAAGCUUUGGGAAAUGUUUGAAGACAACAGGACUGCUAGGAGGAAGGAUAACCUGGAAAGUUCACUUACUAUCCACCACCUUAAAGAAGAGAAAGGGAAUCUGGAUGCCAACUAUGACAAACUAGUUGAAGAUGUGCAUCAACUUCUCAGUGCACAGGAGGACAUGGUGUUGGAUUUCAGCUAUGUGCAAGCUAAGGAGAAGAGAGCUGAGGUUGCCAGUGCAUCAGCUGUGGCUCGCAUGAAGAGUGAGACGGAGAAGAAAGUGUUGGGGAACACAAAAGAGGCAGAGAACUUCAAGCUGAAAGAGAAGUAUAAAGUGCUGAUGAACCUGGUAGAAGCUCAAGGCAGUGUCAUUAGGAACCUGAAGAUGAAUCAUUUGAAAGAGAAGGAAAAGCUAACUGAAGGCAACAACAAUUUAAAGAUUCAGGUUGAUGAGCUCACCAAGGAUGUGAAAAAACUCACAGAAGAGAAUGUGCAGCUGAACCUUCACAUGUCUGAUCUCAAGAGGGGACAUGAGAAUCUGAUAAAACGCAGGGAUGAGUUAAAGCUCCAGCUAGCUAGUCAGUUCAAUUCACUGGAGAAGAGCAAAGAGAAGUUGAAGUUGAUCCAUGACAUCUUGAAGGAAUGA